AUGGUUCCAUUCAGUUUUAUCCUGUUGUUAAUUCAAGUUGGAUCCAUAUUGGUUUCCUCCUUAACUGCCAAAGACCAGAUUGAUACUUUGGCAGGCAGUAAUUGCUCAAUAAAGAGACGCGAAUUUGUGAUACCGUAUGUGACGGAUAUCCGGGGUCGACCUAUCACCUACAAAUUACCCAAUAAGGGCGAUGAUGAAGAACACAAAGUGUUCUUGAACGGUGUUCGCAUGCAAGCUUAUCCUGAUUUGCCAAACCAGUUCAAUGUAGCCAUCCGCUGGCGGCUGAAGGUUUUGAAUCUUCUUUUGCAUAAAACGGAACUGACGAACUCCAAUUCCUUCAUUGAAUGGACAGAGAACAAUGUUACUGGAAUAAGGCAGUAUAUCAGUGAGGAAAAUUGCUAUUAUCAAGGUUUCAUUGCCGGAAUGGAUUCUUCCUUCGUUGCGAUCAGUGCCUGCAAUGGAUUGACUGGUCUCAUCAGGACAGAUACAGAAGAUCUCUUUAUCCGACCAAUCAAUCAUCAUCUACCUCUUGACCAAAAUGGGCAAUCCCAUUUUAUUUAUUAUUGCAAAAAUUCCAAAUUAAACGAAAAUAUAACAGAUACACCAGGAAAGUCUAAAUCUGGAAAUAAAAUAUUCAAAGGAGCCGAAAGACUUAAAAAAAAAAAAGUUCAUAAAGAACAAAUGUUGUACCGCACACGACGUGAUAUACCUUCCAAAUAUUUUCUGGAGGUCCUCUUGGUCACUGACAACACAAUUAUUAAUUUCCAUGGCAAAGAUAAUGUGCAACAAUACUUAUUGGCUAUGAUCAAUAUCAUGAAUGCUGUCUACCAGCAUCCUUCUCUUGGAAUAAAGAUUGAAGUGGUUCUUAAACGCGUCGUUAUUCUCGACGAGAGAGAUUCACGGGAUAUUAUCGAUGAAUCCAACGCACAAACUACCCUCGACCGUUUCUGUCUGUGGUCAAACAACUUCUAUGCGAAAAACAAAGAAAAAGAGAGUAAUUAUGACAUUUCAAUUUUCUUGACUAGAAGAAACAUCGGACCAGCAGGCUACGCACCAGUCACCGGAAUGUGCCGACCGCAUCGAAGUUGCUCAAUCAACAGAGAUGAUGGCCUUACAUCUGGCUUCAUCGUAGCACACGAAGCUGCUCAUGUUUUUGGUCUUCAGCAUGAUGGACAAGGCAAUCAUUGUUAUGGCAGCAAGUACCAAGGCAGUAUCAUGGCACCAAUGGUGGAGUCAACAUUCGACCGUUAUUAUUGGUCAGAUUGCAGUGCAGCUCGUAUGCGUCACUACGUAUACCAUCUUACUUGCCUCCGAAAUAAUCCCAAAAGAAGAGUGUGGCCUGUCUUGCCCACGCCUGUUGGUGUCAACUGGGACUUAGAUGGUCAAUGCAGACAGGAAUUUGGUGAAGGAUUUCGAGUUUGUGGCGCUUUCCGUGAACAGGAUCCUUGUUCACGUCUAUGGUGCAGUCAUCGCGAUAAUAUCCAUAUGUGCAGAACAAAGAAUGGUCCUCCACUUUCAGGCACCAAAUGUGGUUUUGGCCAGUGGUGCCUGGAUGGUGCAUGUCAGUAUAAAAGUAACCUGAUUCCUAUUGAUGGUUCUUGGGGAUCAUGGGGAAGUUGGGGAUCGUGUUCUGUAACUUGCAAUAUGGGAGCUCGUUUCCGUCAGCGAAAGUGUAAUAACCCGAGCCCUGCUUUUGGUGGAACUGAUUGUGAAGGUAAACACGAAGAGUUCAAAAUUUGUAAAAAUAUGCCUUGUAUUAACGAUCCAGACAUGCGAGCUGAGCAGUGUGCCAACUUUGAUGGUUACGUGAUAGGCCAUAAAAGACAUACAUGGAAACCUAUUCAAUUCGAUAAUGGUACCAAUCCCUGCAAGCUGACAUGCAUCUCAAAGGAAACCAGUGAUAUCUUGAAAACGGAAGCUGACGUUAAAGAUGGAACUUUGUGCACAUAUGAAAACAGAAUUAACAUCUGCGUUCGAGGUAUUUGCCAGGAACUGGGUUGUGAUGGUGUUUUGGGCUCUAAAAUAACUCAAGACAAAUGUGGAACCUGUGGAGGAGAUGAUACAAAUUGUAAAAUUAUUAAUGGAACAUUUUAUGAUUCCAAAGAAAGUGACCUCAACAAAUACAGAAACAUUCUUGUCCUUCCUAAAGGAGCCAGGCACAUUUAUAUAAAAAAUGAAUCCCCAAGUGAACAGAAAUUUCUUGCAUUGAAAGAUGAAAAAUAUGGUAUUUUUCUUUUGAAUGGUAAAGGAUUGCAAGAAGAUUCCCAGAAAUUUGUGGCCAAAGGAACUCGUUUCCAUUACGUAAAGAGAAGCACAUCAGAGACUUUGGAAACAGUUGGCCCAUUAAACGCAUUUUUGGUUGUCAUGCUAUACACCAAUGACCACAAUAAUGAGUCCAAGAUAAGUUAUUACUAUACUUCUGUCAAAAGCGACUACACAUUCGAACGAAAUAAUUACAAGUGGCAGUUUGAUAAAUGGAGUGAUUGCAGCGUUACUUGUGGUUCAGGUAAACAAAGCACGACUUACAACUGUGUUGACAUCAAAACGAAUGAAAUUCUCGAUAAGACUUUCUGUCUUCAUCUCGACGAACCUCGUAUAGACACAGUGAACUGCAAGCGGGAGCAGUGCUUGGUGACGAGGUGGAAAGUAGAUGGCUGGUCAACUUGUUCUUCAAAGUGCGGUUAUGAUGGUGAAGAGGUACCAAUUAUAUAUUGCGUCUCUGAUUCCCGAGGUAAGAAAGAAGAAGUUCUCUCUGACGCUUACUGUGAUAUGCUGCUCCGUCCCAACAGUACUAGACCUUGUAACAGACAGCCUUGUGCAGGAGAAUGGAGCGUAGAAGACUGGUCACAGUGUUCUGUAUCUUGCGGAGAGGGGAUUCAAGUACGUACAGUCACCUGCGUUAAGCCAUCAGGAUCGUCAACUGACUUCAAAUGUAAAAAACGUAGACCUCUUUCGACACAGAAAUGCACCAAAGACACAUGUGAAGCCAAAGUUGCUGAAUGUACAAAAGACAACACGCCAUUCUGUAAAUAUGGUUCAUCAGCUCGCACUUGUUCUUACAGUGGAUACAGGUCCCUGUGUUGCAAGUCCUGCCAGAGCUUUUCGAACAAGAGCGACAAGUAA